AUCUAUUUAUCGCUCGGCCGCUAAAGAUUUGUGGUUUGAUUGAGUUGUAAUUGAUUAGUGAUUGAUUAGUGAUUUUUGACCAAUGAUGAGAGGCCGAAUGCACCAGGGAAAUGCCAUGAACAUGAAUAGGACGCCAUCUAGGAGGGGAGGUUUCAAACCAAACCAAAAAACUUUUGUGCCUCAUGUAACCUUUGACAUCAUCCAGUGUGAAAACCUGUUUCAAAGAGUUAAACCCCCAACUGAUGAUAAGAUGUUCACAGAAGCUCUCCUAAAAAAGGUCCAAGAAUUGACUCCUAAUGCAAAAACACAGGCUUCAGUGCUCAGUUUGGUGACCAGUGUUCAAACUGUCCUCGACAACUUGGUCAUCGCUUCGGGGACAUUCGAUGCUGCUGUCGUUGAUGAAGUUCGACAAGUUGGCAACCAUAAAAAAGGAACUCUGCUGUCUGGUGACAAUGUAGCUGAGAUUGUUGUGGUCCUCAAAACUCUUCCCACCUUCGAAGCUGUCCAGAGUCUGUCUAAUAAGGUCUACCAGGACAUGAUGGUCUCGAGUCCCCGUGAGGCUUUCGGUGCCACUCUGAACGAGUGUGGAUUUGAAAUAACGAACCAUGAAGCCGUGAGCAGGGUCUACGUUACUACCAUCCCGCCUAACUUCAAAUUUCUUGACGCCAGUUUGCACCUGGAUUCCAAGAUGAUGGAAGGUCAUCUGUUGAGUAUCCGUAGAACGAGGUGGUUUGAGGAGAAUGCCUGCCACUCAACUGUCAAGGUCCUAGUUCGACUGCUAAGCGAUCUCAGAAAUAGAUUCCAAGGCUUCCAACCUCUCACCCCAUGGAUCAUCGAUGUUUUUUCCCAUUACUGUGUUAUGGUCAAUCCACAACGAACACCGCUGUCAAUCAAUAUUGCAAUUAGACGUUGUCUCCAACUUUUAUCUUCCGGUUUCUUCCUCCCCGGAUCACAGGGAAUAUUCGAUCCGUGCGCCGACAAGCCCAACGUGAGAGUCCACACUGUCAUGUCUAUGGAGCAGCAGGAUCAGGUUUGCUUCACGGCCCAAACUCUGUUGAGAGUCUUAUCACAUGGAGGCUUCAUGUACCUCCUUGGGUUCAAGAAGAACCUUGAUAUCGUAAAUGACGUCACUCUAUGGAACGGUGUCGUCGUGACCCCGUCUGAGAAGGCAUACGAAAAAGAAGACGAAACCAACAUGGCGAAUUCUGCUGCUGCUGGCACAGCUGAUACGACAGCAGCUUCAGCUACUGCGCAACCGAUUUUUGGCGACGAUAUGGUAGCUGUUAAUUCAGCUGCUACUGCCAUGACUUCAAGCUAAGUAGUUGUAGCAAUGGUAGUAGCAGCAUCUAUUUGCUGGCGUAGCUGUGAGAAAGAAUAGAUGUUUCAGCUGCUUUGCAUAAGAGAUAGACAGACAGACAGACAGAAAGACAGACAGACAGACAGACAGACAGACAGACAGUCAGAUAGAUAGAUAGAUAGAUAGAUAGAUAGAUAGAUAGAUAGAUAGAUAGAUAGAUAGAUAGAUAGAUAGAUAGAUAGAUAGAUAGAUAGAUAGAUAGAUACGUUGCUUUUACGUUAUUUGUCAAAUUUUGGUUCAUUUUUUUGUCCGUGGUUCGAACAGAAUGUUUUUUUAAGCUUUUUUUUCAUAUGAAUAAAACAGUCAUUUCGUGUUUUAAAAUUUAUUAUUCAAUAUUAUUUGACGCUGUCGUCAGUUAGUUCGUUGAAUAAAGUUUGUUUUAAAAACGA